AUGCCUUUCAGGCGUGAUGUCAAUCCAGCCCUAGUCCCUCCAUUCGAGUGGCAAGCUGGUAUCAAUCCAACUGGUACUGGUAACUGCGACGGGGCUGUUAAUGGCACGAAUGAGCAGCCGAUUCUGAUACCAUGUACUUGUCCUCCAAACUCCACUGUUUUCCUCGCUGCCCUCAAUAGGAAUGUUGCUGCUGGUUUUGUCACCACUAAUCCAAACAUCACGAUCUCUUUCCCCACUGACAACAGUACCGCCUCGCAGAAUACGCGGCUGCAUGCUGCUUCUGUCACUCUGCUCAAUCUGAAUGGUCCCGGUGAGGGGUGUCCCAUCCAAGCAACUACAUACGCAGCACAGCAGCAAGCGAUUAACGAUGAGGUCAUAUCUUCAUCUACAUAUUCAUCCGCUAGCUCAACUACAGCUUCGAUCACUUCAACUACUCUUUCUUUUUCUUUCCCAUCUGCAACACCCUCCAUCAACGGUACAGCACCUACAUCGCACUCCUCCAAUUGUGUCACAUGUGUCAUCGGAUCUGCAUAUGCGGAGUGCUGCAUGGUUUAUGAAAUAGUCACAAUACACACGCUCGCCGUGAGGCAGCGUAAGGGCGCGAAUGGCUCAAAAGAGCUUCAAAUAGAAAGACGCAUCCCUUGA